AUGGCUUCUCUUUCGACCUCUGAACAUGGCAAGGACGACGCGACAUUCAUGGCUGCCUGCAUGGCCUGCUACGACAACGACCUUAACAAGAUUGACUUGACGGCGGUUGCCAAGCAAUUGGGCAAGAAUGCUAAGUCAGUUGAGUCGAAGUUCUACGCGCUGAAGAAAAAGCAUGGGUUCACCAUCAAAGUUACUUUUAACAAGGCCCAGCCCCAGCAUGGAGGAGGUCCCUCCAAGGUUACGAAGCCCAAGCGGACACCGACGAAGACAACAAGUAUGACCAAAUCCAAGACCAAGACGUCUCCAGGUUCUAUGAAAGGCCUUGAAGGGAUGGAGAGUGAUACCUCUGGUGGCUUGAUGGACUCUACGGAAAGACCCAAAUUGACGCCAGCUCUCGAAGACCCUUUCGAGGCUGCCUAA